CUAAUCUUCCCUCUUGUCUAUCUCUCUACCUUCGCCGGUCUUCCCAACGUCUGCAUCAAAUUCUCCAAAGAACAAAAAUCCUAAACAAUCUACAGUUUAUGCGAACCUAAUCUUCAAGUUUAUGCUCCUGCUAUUCGUUCGACUUGUCUAAAGGUUUUGGAGGACUUUAGGUUGGUUUCAAUGGUGAUUGUGGGAUAUUUGUGUAUUUUGAAUUGGAGGACUGCGGAAUUCUUGAACGGAUUAUGAAACCAUCUUUAUCUCACAAUUGUCAAGAAGCUAUUCCUCUGUAAUGAUGACUCCAAGAAACUAGCAAUGCCCUUGUUAUUGCCUAUUGAUAAGAUGGAAUUCGUGUUCUUGUAAAUGAGGAUGGCAGUGAUCGUGUUGAGUUUUCUACUUUUAAUCCAAUCACCGAUUAUAUUUGCCUCGGGAUAUUUGCCUUUGAAGGCUUGUGGGACUUAUCAUAUCAGCUAUUCAAGUGAUUCAAGUCGCAAAUUGUUUUAUUUAAACGGGGAAUCAGUAAGCAAAGAUUUCUUUUGCAAGUACGUGAAGGCAUAUCAUGCAAACCAUUGUUUCGUCAAUAGGAAUGUAAAGAGUCAUUGCUACGAGGUGGAUCCUUUUUCAGAUGGGAGGAGAUUUCUGCGAAAUUUAGUUAAAGACGGAACUCUAGAAGGAGAGGGAAGUGACAGAAAGAGAACAAAAGGCGAUCAAGAUUCCGUCUUUAAAUCAAAAUACUUUUUCAUGGGUGGAUCCGGAAUCUUGAUUUUGUGUGGCAGUUUCUUUUGCCCGUGCUUUUGGGCUAGAAGGAAAGAUCCGGCGGCCCACACCGUUCUUGCGAAGGAGGCAAACUCAAUGGAUUCAACUUCAUCUGUCGAAAUGAACUCUGUUUCUGAUAAGAUUCCAGCCAGUCCACUGCGUGUUCCGCCUAGUCCGAGUAGAUUCUCGAUGUCUCCAAAACUUGAUAGGAUUGGAUCCGUUCAUCUGACUAUGAGCCAGGUUGCAAGAGCUACCCAAAAUUUCUCGUCAUCGUUAAGAUUAGGCGAAGGAGGUUUUGGAACCGUCUACAAAGCUCAACUACCAGACGGUCAAGUGGUUGCCAUAAAACGAGCAAAUAAGGAACAUUUUGAAGCUCUACGAAGUGAAUUUAAAAGUGAGGUGGAACUACUUGCGAAAAUUGAACAUCGGAAUCUAGUGAAGCUUCUUGGCUAUGUUGAUAAAGGAAACGAGCGUCUUAUUAUUACUGAAUACGUGCCUAAUGGUACACUUAGAGAACAUUUGGACGGUGUUCAUGGAAGUUUCUUGGAUUUUAGUCAACGACUUGAAAUUAGCAUCGACAUUGCUCACGGCUUGACGUACCUCCAUCUAUACGCAGAAAAGCAAAUUAUCCACCGGGAUGUGAAGUCAUCCAAUAUUCUUUUAACGGAGAGAAAGAGAGCAAAAGUGGCCGAUUUUGGGUUCGCAAAACUUGCGGAUGCCGAGUCCGAGAAAACACAUGUGAUGACCAAAGUGAGGGGGACGGUUGGUUAUCUUGACCCCGAGUAUAUGAGAACCUAUCAACUCACCCCAAAGAGCGACGUUUACUCUUUUGGUGUUCUACUUAUAGAAAUUCUCACGGGUCGUCGUCCGAUUGAGUCGAGGAGAUCUCACAAGGAGAAGGUGACAAUAAGAUGGGCGUUUGGGAAGUUCAAUGAAGGCGAAGUUAUGGAUUUGGUUGACCCGCAACUAAAAGAAGGCGUGGACAGUGAAGUCUUUGCGAAGAUGCUCGUUUUAGCUUUUCAAUGUGCGGCACCGACACGAGCGGACCGACCGGACAUGAAGGCGGUGGGUGAGCAACUAUGGGCUAUCAGAAUGGACUAUCUUAGACAUGGAGGAAAAGGGGAAUUCAGUUAAGGUUGAAAAGCAAUCAAGUUUUGUUGCUUAGAUGACUUGUACCAUGUGGGUGUAUGUCAAUAUAUGGUUGGUAUAAAUGUACAAGCAUCUAAUGCAUGUGUCGUAACAUGCAUGGUACAAGCACCCAAUGCAUUCGAUGAACUCUGGCUGGUUUUGUGAAUAACAUUGAAGAUGGUUGAAUUCAGGCUUCAUUCAUUGGAUAAAAGCUUAACCUUUAUGUUGUGCAUUAAGGACUUGUACCAUGUGUAUAUAUGUAUGUAUUUUGGCUUUAUUUUUAAAUUUGACAAUAAAUCGGUGGUGGAGUCUGGAAGUGGAAACAAUACGUUGAAAACUUUUCUUUAUCGUUGUACUCGGUAUUUUUGUUGGAUAAUUUUAUUCUCUUAUUUCAAA